AUGUCUUUCUUUGUGGAUGAACUCAAGUCACUCAUCAAUCCGCUGAUCGCUCUCCUAACCCAAGUAAUUACUUCUCUUUUUAAUAAAAAAAUUGAAUAAUUCAUACACUAAUAACUCCUUAUCAAUUAUAUUAUUUAAUGCAAACGGUCUAAAAAAUCACGUCAAUCAACUGCAGAGUGUAUUAUUUGAUAAACGCAUAGACAUCGCUCUAAUUUCCGAAACCCGUUUCACAAAGCAGUCUUACUUAUCUAUUCCUGGGCCAACGUAUUGGCCAACCUCAAUUAGAAAAAAACCUGACAUUCUAAACAUCUUCGUUACAAAAAUUCCUAGCAACUUAUACUAUUCGAUUAAUAAUAUUCUGGAUCUAAACUCCGACUAUUCAUCUGUUAUUCUCAAUAUUGUUGCCACUCCGCAAACACGAACGGUCGCUCCCAAACUUUUUACGGCAUCAACUAAUCGCCUUAAAUUUCAUAACAUCAUAGCCGAAGAAAUUAACCUAAAUAUAAGUUUUAAAUCUGUUCAAGAAAUUGACGAUGCAGUUAAUAAUUUAACAACGCUUAUUCAAUCAGCAGCUUCUAUGUCAAACACCCUAAACACCACCAACAACCAUCGGAAAGUAUACAAUAAAAGUCACCCGGCUUUGAUCUGA